AUGAAUUCCAUCCUUUUGCUUCUCUAUCUGAGUGUGCUCUUAAAAAUAGAAAGCAAAGGGGUCUCGAAAAAGGUCCUCAAAGUGAAGGUGAUACAUCGGGGAGGACCCUCUUUUGUGGCAACCAAGUCAUUCUAUGUGAUAAGGGUGAAAAGGAACAAAAUGGCGUUGCACACCGUUGACGAUGAGACAAACCCGGGCGAUCUAAACGUCCUCAAUGAAGAACCUUCCACAAUCGGUCCAAAUGGAGCAUCCUCUGUAUGUAACUUCCCAAAUGAGGGGACCCCCCCAAAUCGCCCCAAACUCACCAAUAUCCUUCUCAUCGUUGACUACGAUGGAACAAACUAUAGCGGGUGGACGGGCAUUGAAAAUUGUAGCGAUGUAUACCUAAGCGCAACGAGGAGUUACAAAAAUGCAGCGACGGAGGAGGAGAAGAGGAAGAAGCAAACGGGGGAGUCAAAUGGGACGUCAAAGUACGACACAGUGCAAAACAUGAUCCUAAAUUGCAUUUUGCAAAUUCAUGGCUAUGGAUACCAAUUGAACAGAGAUGAAGGGGACGUGAAGUCCAAUUUGAAGGCCUUCGAAUUUAUAGGCGUAAGUAGAACUGACAAGGGAGUCCACGCGAAAGAGUAUAUAUGUCAGUAUGUGUCUUAUGACAGGCCCCCCCCGUGUGAUGGCAACCUGAAUAAGGUCAAAAUGGCACUAAAUGGCUUACUAAAUAAGGACAUAAAAAUCCUGGCCGUUCUAAAUGCACCCUUCCCCGACUUCAAUGUAAGGUUUAAUAAUUUGGGAAAAAUAUACACAUACAAUUUUGACAUUCGAAUUCCGAGUCAGCCUUUGGAGAGAAACUACGCAUGGCAGCUGUCUGAUGACCCGAGGUUUGCAUUUCUUCUUCGGGAGAGUUCGAAAAAAAAAAAAAAAAAAAAAAAAGAACAAGGGGAGGAGGACAAACAGGAGGGCAGCCAAUACCAGAAUGACUGCGUGACGACAAACGGGCUGACCAGUGUAGACGAAAAUUUGAGUUUUCUUUUUGGUGACCACGCGGUGCGAGGCGGUGGAGCGGUCGCUUCUAACAAGCUCACCUGUGAUGAGAUCAUUCGUGAAGAGGCCAUUCGUAAGGAGGCCAUUCGUAAGGAGGCUAUCUCUGACGAUCUCCACUGCGGGGGAGAAGAAGCCCAACCGUCUACCCAACCGUCUACCCAACCGCCAACCGAACUGCCAACCCAACCAGACGUCUCCCACUCCAUGCGCAUAAUCAAUCGCGAGGGGGGAAGCAACUUGACCAUACCGUGCGACAUGGAGAAAAUCAAGGAGUGCUCCAAGCUGUUUCUAGGACACCACAGCUUUGAAUUCUUCUGCGGCACGUUGAAAGGGACGGAGAAGCAGAAGAAGGUGAACCCAUUUUGCAACAUCCACUUUUUGGAGUUACACCAAUUAAGGAGUAAUAUCUACCAAUUUGUCAUCCAGGGAGAUAGGUUCCUAUAUCACAUGAUUAGGAUAAUCGUCGGUACUUUGAUUCAGGUCGGAGUGGGACUGUUGCAAUACGAGGACGUGCGGGACGCCCUUCAUUUUAGCAAGCCACUGAAGGUGAAGCUGUGCGCACCUGCACAGGGCCUCUGCUUGACCAAGAUUUUGUUCCCUGCCGCUAUCGAGAGGGACAUUUCCGCGGCGUUGUUGUCGCGUUAG